UCACCCCGGGCCGUGCCGGGCCCGCCCGCGCAGUCGCGGAGCUCCGGGAGCCGCGGCCGCCGCCGGCCGGGGCUGAGGCGCCGCCGCCGCCGCUCCGGCCCCGCUCCGGCCCCAUGAGGCGGCCGAGCGGCCAUGGGCUCGCUGGGCAGCCGUGUGCUGCGGCGGAGGGCCGGGCUCCCGCGGGGCGAGGCGGCGGCCGCGGGCAAGGGCGGCAAGAGGAAGCGCAGCGGGGCCGAGGGAACCGGCGACAGCGACAGCGACGGCGAGGCCGAGCGGGAGGAGCGGCUCCUGCACCUCCGGGGCCGCAGGAAAAAAUUGAAAAGCACGUCGAAAUAUAUUUAUCAGACACUGUUUUUGAAUGGAGAGAACAGUGAUAUCAAAAUUUGUGCUCUGGGAGAGGAGUGGAACUUGCACAAGAUUUAUUUGUGUCAGUCAGGAUACUUUUCCAGUAUGUUCAGUGGCUCUUGGAAAGAAUCCAGCAUGAAUGUCAUAGAGCUGGAGAUUCCUGAUCAAAAUAUUGAUGUAGAAGCCCUGCAGGUGGCUUUUGGCUCGCUCUACAGAGACGAUGUGCUCAUCAACCCCAGCCGCGUGGUCGCCCUGCUGGCAGCAGCCUGCAUGCUGCAGCUCGAUGGCUUAAUCCAGCAAUGUGGUGAAACAAUGAAGGAAACCAUCACUGCCCAAACUGUGUGUGGUUAUUAUAAUUCUGCAGGCACCUAUGGGCUGGACUCCGUGAAGAAAAAGUGCCUUGAGUGGCUCUUGAACAAUCUGAUGACUCACCAGAGCGUUGGACUCUUCAAGGAACUCAGCAUAAACCUCAUGAAGCAGCUGAUCAGCUCCUCCAACCUCUUUGUGCUGCAGGUGGAAAUGGAUGUCUACACUGCUCUCAAAAAGUGGAUGUUCCUUCAGCUUGUGCCUUCUUGGAAUGGGUCUUUCAAGCAGGUGUUGACUGAAGCUGAUGCCUGGUUUGCUGAGCGCAGGAGAGAGUUUGGGGGCGAUGGUGCCUUCCUGGAGUCGGCGCAGGGGAGCGCGUUCCUGCCCGUGUUCGCUCACCUGAGGCUGCAGUACAUCAUCAGUGACCUGGCCUCGGCCAGAAUCGUGGAGAGAGACGCCCUGCUGCCCUCAGAAUGGCUGUCCUCUGUUUACAAACAGCAGUGGUUUGCCAUGCUCAGAGCAGAACAAGACAAUGAUAUUGGGCCUCAAGAAAUCAAUAAAGAGGAACUGGAAGGAAACAGCAUGAGGUGUGGACGCAAACUGGCCAAGGAUGGUGAUUACUGCUGGCGCUGGACUGGCUUCAACUUCGGCCUGGACCUGCUGGUGACCUACACCAACCGCUACAUCAUCUUCAAGCGCAACACGCUGAACCAGCCGUGCAGCGGCUCCGUCAGCCUGCAGCCGCGCCGCAGCAUCGCCUUCAGGUUGCGCCUGGCCUCGUUCGAUGGCAGCGGGAAGAUGAUCUGCAGCAGGACAACGGGCUAUCAGAUCCUGACCCUGGAGAAGGACCAGGAGCAGAUCGUGAUGAAUUUGGACAGCAGACUCCUGAUGUUCCCCCUCUACAUCUGCUGCAACUUCCUGUACACAUCCCCAGAGAAGAGGGCAGACAGCGAGGCCCAGCUGGAUAAUUUGGAAGGCUGAGACCUCCCUGGGGGCUGUGGCAGCCCCUCUCCCACCCUGGAUGCUGCUCCAAAGCUCAGACAGGCAGGCCUUACCCUGGAGCAGCAGCCCUGGCCUUAGUGCUCUCCUAUGCAGCUCAGAAAAUAUCAGACAUUAGGUAGGCCAAAACCAGUUACCCUUUUUCAGAUUUUUUAUUUUAUUUCUGUUCUGUGUCGUCAGGCAGUAGCCAUUCUGUGUUUGAGAAGUGUUACACUUGGGCUUUUCUGGGUGAAAACUGAGCCAAACUGGAAAUAGGGAAUUUGUGUGGAUCACAGCUUAGGAAUUACCUGCUGGACUCUUGAGCACACAUUGUAGGUUGUGUGGGUUUUCUUAGUGUGGCUUUUGGUUGUAUUAUUUGUUGGGCUUUUAAAUAACUGAUCUGUAAAUACUAGAUCCAUAUUUUGCUUUUUUUCCUGAUCCUUUUCCAUUAGGGCCAAAUAAUCUCUGUAAAUGUGGCCUCUCAACUUUGGUUAUUUAACUGCACAGCCCUUCCCACCUGCUGGGUUUAAGCCUUUUUUGUAGUUCACACAUACACAUUUCAUUCUUGGUCUUGUUCUAGCACUGAAGCAAAUAAUUCUGUCUCUUAGCAGGUUAAUUUACUAAUAAGGGUGUUCAUAAAUGAAUAAUUUUUUCCAUGUACAGCAAAUACUCCAAUGUCUUCACCAUCACUUGAGUCUUGUCAGCAGCAGCUCUCAGCUGGAGUUCUGCUGAGUGCUGACUCCACUCACACAGACCAAAUACCAGUUUUUAAACAUUUUCUGUGGCUCGUUUUAGCUGUUACCUUGGGAAUCCCUCCCAUGUUAGCUCAGGAACUUGUGACUUUUGAGUGCCUUUUGAGUUGUAUGUGUAACACCAACUUCACAUCAGUUCAGCAAGGUCACAGGAUCCAAAGGCAAGAGCUGGGAACAAGAGAUUUCUCUCCACUUGGUCUGAUGGAUGAGUCAUGUCAUGGUACACUCUGUUCAGUCUUUGUUGGGUUUUAUGUUUGUCUCUCACAAUUUUGAAUUCUAACAGCAGGACUUUUUGAUUCAAACUGGGAAUUUUUGCCUCGUUAGCCUAUUUUUUUAAUGUCAGAAAAAUAUAAAACCAUUUGUACUUUAUAAUAAGGAUAAAAAUGUGUUGGGAAAUAUAGAAAAACAUGGCAAUGUGUCAAUAAAUGAUUUCAAGUGGAA